UUGACAUUUCAGAAUAUCGACAACAUCAUUUACUUCGACGACAUAGACGAUUCCAUAACAGUGGAAUUCAAGAAAGCGACUGAUCGUAGCGAAAACUGCUUCAACGUUUUUUUCGUCGUACCCCAUGUUUUAGAUGUCAAUACUGAAGCAGAAUACUAUCUCAUCGACCACACUGACACUCUGCUCAAUGCCAUCAGGGGUAGACUGGUUGUGGAUCGUCCGAGAUUUCUUAUCGUCCUGAAAUCGCAAUCACUUCAAUUCAUACAGAAGACAACCAGACUGGAAGCAAACACUAUUACGCAUCAGCCACAACCGCAAAUGCCUCUAUCCAUUGGGAAUGCAGAACUGUGUAAGACUAGCCGUUGUUAUAGGAGUUAUAUUUUCAACAGUUUGGCAACUUUGAGCGCUGCAAACUUCAAUGUUCCUCCACCUAACAUUCAGAUGCAGCUUUUUCCGUCGCCGCAACCCAUGCUUUCUUCAACAUGUAUGCCUAAUAUUGGAACUGUGCCGCCUCCUCCAGGAUUUCUACCAAACGUUAGCUGUCCACCACCGUGCCCCUACUCACGUCUCAUCUUGAAUUUAUUAGCUCAGUCGGAGAGUGUCGGAGCUGCUGAAGCGGACAGUAAUUACAGGUACAUGACUGAACUAUAA